AUGGCAUCCAUUCUUCAAGCUUGUACUUUCUUGUUGCUUGCUUUCACAUUCAUGGGAAAUCCAACACUAACUGUGGGAAUAUUUCGACCCAGUCCAUGGGCUCUUGCACAUGCCACAUUUUAUGGUGAUGAGACUGCUUCUGCCACCAUGGGAGGAGCGUGUGGGUACGGGAAUUUGAUUCAGAAUGGUUACGGGACAGACACAGCGGCUUUAAGCUCGACAUUGUUCAACAAUGGUUAUGCGUGCGGGACUUGUUAUCAAAUAAAAUGCUACCAAUCCAGAGCAUGCUAUAAUAAUGUACCCUUCACCACGGUCACUGCCACCAAUCUUUGCCCUCCUAAUUGGUCAGAACCCUCCGAUGAUGGUGGUUGGUGCAAUCCACCACGAGUGCAUUUUGACAUGUCCAAGCCUGCUUUCAUGAAAAUUGCUCAGUGGACUGCUGGCAUUGUCCCUGUUAUGUACCGCAGAGUGCCAUGUGGAAGGAAGGGGGGGCUUCAAUUCUCUUUGCAAGGAAAUGGGUACUGGCUACUGGUGUAUGUGAUGAAUGCGGGAGGUGGAGGAGAUAUAUCAAGCAUGUGGGUGAAAGGAAGCAGAACAGGAUGGAUUAGCAUGAGCCAUAACUGGGGUGCUUCUUACCAAGCAUUUGCAACACUCGGUGGACAAGCUCUUUCUUUCAGGAUUACUUCAUACACCACCAAGGAGACUAUUAUUGCUUGGAAUGUUGCUCCUUCUAAUUGGAACGUGGGACUUACUUAUUCCACCACUGUCAACUUCCGCUGA